GCAGUGGACAAGCGAGGGAGGAACGCGCUCCUUCUCACUAUCUGUCCGGCGAACGACCGUUCUAGUGUGGGCACAGACACACACACACACACACACACACACACACACACACACACAGAGAAGGGGGGAGAGAGAGAGAGAGAGAGAGAGAGAGAGAGAGAGAGAGAGAGAGAGAGAGAGAGAGAGAAAUGAGACGGUGCAAGCUGAAGUUGGCAAUGGCUAUGGCGGUGGGACGCCGUUACAGUUGGCUGGCACUUCGUCGUCGUCCAUGUGUAGCGCAACCAACGGCCAUGAACAUGGCUGCGAUUGUGCUGACGACUGUGACGGCUUUGGUGGCAGCGUUGCCUUUUCUUCCAGGAUCUCAUGGCUAUGGCGUCGCAGACUUUCUGACGGCUUACACGGAUCCCGGCGUGAGUCGCAUUGAGGUGACUGGAGAUGUUAUUCUCACGAGCGGUCUGCCGGAGCUUAGCAGAUCGCUAACCAUCGUCGGGAUCGGGACGAAACGACCUGUCAUCGACGGUAGAGGGAAAUACAGCGGCAUUAGCAUGUCAGAGUUCAAUCUAACGGUCAAGAAUGUGGAGUUCAGGAAUCUGCUGAACAGCGGGAGCAGCGGAGGGGGAGCUAUCUACACUUCCGGGGCUACGUUGGUAAUUGAGAGCUGUGUUUUCAGGGGCAAUAAGGCAAGAAGCACGAGCGGUGAAGACAAUGGAUACGGCGGCGCGGUAUGCGCACACGAAUCGGACUUCACAAUCUCUCGUUGCCAGUUCAUCAGCAAUCGGGCUGGAGCUAACGGUGGGGCAUUUCAAUCACUAGGAGAGUCCUCGGGAAGCAUAACCGACUGCCAGUUUUCGCGCAAUUUGGCGGGAAAUCGAGGCGGCGCCGUCGCUCUGAGGCCUGGAGGCGUGGACGUAAGGGGAUGCACUUUCGACGGGAACAAAGCCGCCGGCGAUGAAGGCGCAGGAGCUUUGUCUUGCUCGGAAGCGUCGUGCGUCGUGUCCAACAACGUGUUUAAGAACAACGCCGCGACCUCGAAGUCGGGAUUGGGAGGCGCGGUUCGUUUCUACGCCGAAGACGAAGGGAUCCCGGCUCUGUGCAAAGGCAACAGCUUCUCCGGGAACAUCGCAAAUGGGAACCGAUCAUCUGAUAACCUCUAUAUAUGGCUAGUCGACGGAGGUCCCGCGGAGAUCUGUGAUGCCCAACCGCCACCACUUACGCUCAUCGAGCUGGAGGGCGCCUCGAGCGUGAAGUACAACGAAUGUGGACGAUGCUGACGAUUUUCGACAACUUGGUAAUAAUUAUUAUUAGAUACGGCGGCGCGCAGCGGGAAGCACAAAGAAUGAACAAUGUCGGCGAUGUCGACGUGGCUUGCUUGUGACCGACGAUGACGUGGCUGUACGAUCGAAUGAGGCCUCCGGCAGCAAAUUAGCCCGUACUUCACACAAGGUCUUUUGUACUUAGGCUCUCGCCGCACGCCACACGAAACGGAAACGAAGCGAGUGCAUCUUCUCAGGAAAGGUGGCAAAAUACACUCGUUACUAUUUAUAGGAAACCGAUGAACCUGGCCAUUUUCUGCAGGCAGAUGCACUCGUUUCGUUUUUCGUUUCCUGUCCCGUGCGGCGACGUCCUUACUGUAGUUAGGAAGGUAGUUGCGGCCAUAUAGAUCUAGAUGAAGCUGACCAAGAACAAUCUAUGUAGGCGUUAAUGAACCUGGAGUAAGACAGGUUUGGAGAGUUUUAGAAAGGUUUGCUGAGCAUUUGUAGGACCUCCGAAGGUUUUCCAUAGUAAUUUUCUCAGUCAAAAUUUUCCUAAAAAAAAAAAAAAAAAAAAGAUAAAAGAACUUGAUGUAUGUUAUAAUUUCCGAAUCGCAGCUGCGCUGCGCUAACCAUUUAUAUUAGGGUUAGACUUGGACAGCUUAGUACAGUGUGCGUCUAGAGCUCAGGUCGGAGUUAGGCUCGCAUUCGGGUUCGAGUCCGAGUUGGUUGUUGGUUGUUGGUUGUUGGUUGUUGGCGGCCCUCCAGAGCUUCCGUUUGCUCGUUGGCUCGAUUAGGCGGGAUAAGCGAUAAGCCGAG